AUCGUAAAGAAAAAUAUGCAGCUUUAUCAUCAUGUCAAUGUUUAUCAGAAUGCAAUGCAUUGGAAUAUGACGUUGAACUAGUGAAGACCCGUAAGAUCAGUUUAGGAAAAACUAACAGCACCGCUAUUAUGAAAGUUUUCUUCAAGGAAAAUCAAUUUGUUCCAUUAAAGCGCUUUCAACUUUACGGAACUAUCGAUUUUUUAGCGAAUUGUGGAGGAUUACUUGGUUUGUUCGUGGGUGUAUCAGUACUUUCUCUAAUUGAGAUACUCUACUAUUUCAUUUUAAGAUUGACGUGCAUCUGGAACAAUUCUCGCGAAUACAAAGAUGAAGAUGUAAUUAAGAAGAAUAAGAAAUCAUCAGAAAGUUCAGUUAAGAAUCUAACUGUGGGAAACUUAUAUCAACAUAAUUGGCAAAGACCAAUGGAAAAAUAUUAAGAUUUUUAGAUAUUUAGAUACUUUAUUCUUCACAAAAGCAUUUGAGAGCAAAUAUUUACAAAACAUUUUUGCAUCCACCUUCAAAAGAUGUUUUCAAAGUCAUUGAACCAUCUGAAAGCAAAUAUAUUUCCAAGUUUGAGGCAAGUUUCCACCAAAUGAAAAAUGUUGUCCAACAAUUUUUUUUAAUUUAAAUAAUGAGCUUUGCUCAAUAUUUUGCCGAGACGAAUUCUCGGUUUUUGUUUUUGUGCGUGUUCGAGAGAGGAUUUUCCGGCGACCGCUGAGCAUCCCCCAGAGCACAAUCCAAAAAUACAACAAAUUUUUUCUUGUCAUUAAACAACAAGCACAAUAAAAAUGCUGCGAUAGCAAUUUCAUAUCAACAAACAGAUUCAUUUAAUCUGACGAGUUGGAUGACGAGCUUGAGGCUGAACGUUUCUUUCUUGAUUUCUUUUUUGUCGAUCUUUCACUUGCGGACUCUUCUUCAAUUUUGUCCCUCUUUGAGCGACGCUUUGAUCUGAAAUAUAUAAUUGUAUUAAAAUCAUUCUAUCAUUAUGCGUCAGUAACUAAAAAAAGAAUUUCUUUCUAAUGAAUUCUCUGUAAUUUGCUGUAUUUGAGCGAGAAAAUUAAAUUUAUAUGAAAUUGGAGAUUUUCAAGGAUGAAAAGAAGGAC